AUGUCUGCAGAAAGUCCAGGCCAGAAGCAUGGCUUCAAGUCCUUCGUUUCCAAUGCUUUGCGACCCAAAAAAUCACGCCAAACGCUCAGGAAGGGCAGUAGAUCGACUACAGACCUGCGGCUGGCCGCUCGUCCCAGUAUCGACGAAGGGCCGCCUCCUCCUCUACCUGCUCCCCCAAUGCCAGAGCUAGCUCCGUUACAUGCACACAGACUCAAGUACAAGGAAUUGCAUGCCCAGGUGGACAGUCAACUCGGCGAGCGCCGAGACUAUACAGAAAUCAUCCAUUCGCUAGGCACUCUGGGAGUCGACGAAGACCCCGAAGAAAGAUAUGAACACAACGAUCGCCGACCGCCAGGUGAAGGCGAUGUCGCCAGUCUAUCGCCCAGGCUUUGGGCGCAAAUAGCAAGCUACUUGGACCCUGCUGGAGCCGCAAGCCUAUCAAUCGCUAGCAUCACCCUAUACCGACGCCUAGGCCCAAGAUACUUCAGGGCCCUAGACGCGGCACAGAACGCCUACGCCCAACCCACGUCCUCAACCUACUCUUCAACUGCCCCAACUCCACAAACGCCCUCAACCCCCCCUCCCCGCCACCGCAUCACCCACGGCCGCAUGCUCCCCUUUACAUUCGUCCAACUCACACUGCGCGCCCACCGCUUCGGCCCAUCCUACGGUCUGACCCCAGACGCAUUAGGCCGACGAUGGCAACGCGACGACUGGUCACACACAUCCCGCUUCCACGUGCACUCAGGCCGGCUCCUGAUGCGCGUAACCUCACAGACAUUCGCGGCACCCGCACUGACUCCCUCGGCGCAGCGCAUGCUCCUGUUCUCGCGCGAAGACUACUGGCCAUACUUCAGCGCAUGCGCGCACUGGCGCGACGGCGAACUCAUGCCAGCUUGCAAGUGUGCGCUGGAGCAUAUCCCGCGGCCGAGAAGCACGGGUGGACUACAGGGACUCGAGCAUCGGGUUAAAGACCGCUGGGCGGGCGACAUAUUUGAUCCCAAUGCGCUGACGACGCUGUGCGGAUUCUGUCGGCCGAUGCGGAGGUGUCCGGAGUGUCCGACGGAGUAUUUGAUUGAGGUUAAGCUGUGCGAGGACCGCGCGGACGGAAGGUUCAAGCAGGCUAUUACUGUGACGCGGUGGAGUGAUCUUGGGGAUGGGAAGACGCCUUUUGGGAUUCAGUGGGCUGCUAUUAAUGGGAAGACGAAUGAAUAUGAUUCGUUCCAGCAUGAGCACUAUGCUAAGCGGGGAAUCGCGAGUAUCUUCGAGGCUGCUUUUACGGCGGAUACGUUGCCUGGUCAGCGGGUUAUCUCGCUGAAUCCGAAGAAGAAGAAAUUGGGCGAGAAGGGGAAUGAUUGGUAUUAG